ACAUCAAACAAAGGCGUAGCUAGAAAAACGAAACAUUUCGGUGCUUUUCAAGUAGGAGGGUUAAUAAAUGCAUUGCAUGUACACAUUUAGACAUAUUUUUUUUUUUUUGGGCUGGGCUGUAAACACUCCUUUACUUGGAUUUUCUUGAUGUCUAAGGUUCAUUGUUGUGGCAAGACAGUUGAGUGAUUGUGUUUGUUGAAUUAAUAUUGAAAAAAGGGAUAGACAAUGACUGUUGAGGCUAGCUUUAGGAAAAAACUCCAUAAGAAACUUAAACUUUCUAGUGAGAGGUCUAGGAGUUCCAAGGAAGAGAAUAAAAAGGCUCAACGUGCUGUGUAUGAUGAUAAAUCCCUCAAGAAAGAGAAUGACGGGAAGAGAAACUUGAAGUCAAGUGGUAAAGAUAAAAAAAUUAGGAGACAUAAGGAAGAGAAUGAUGAAGAAAAUUAUUCCAGGGGAAGGUUUAAACCUUUGAAUUCUGAUAGGAGAAGGAAGAGGGUUUAUGCUGAACAAAAUAUGGGUGGGGAUGUGAUGAUCAAUGACAAUGAAUUGGUAGACAAUAAGAAAGCAGUAUCCAAGAAGGGCCUGAACAAGGUAAAAAGUGAUAUUUUUAUAGAAAAAAAUGGUGACAGAUCUCGCACUAUCUGGGUGUCCAGUAAGAAAAAGGAUACCACUUCUGAGACUAAACGCUUUUCUUCCAAAUUUGAGGAUGCGGUAGAGACUGCACAAGUGUCCUCUACUAGACGGAGAGGUAGGGGAAAAGUAGACAAAGUGGACAGUGGUAGGAAUGUUUCAUUGAAGAAACUUGCCACAGACAAAUCUGCCUCAACUAAGAAAGAGGAUGCAAGUUGGAAAAAGUUCUCAGAUGCGUCUCCAUCGAAUUCCUUCAAGAAAAUUGGUAGGAACAAGAAUGACCUCAAUGUUGAUUCAGAUGUUCUGGUUAAUAAACCAAGGAAGAGAAAGCGUAUUCGAAUAGAUCCAUAUGAUAUCUCAAAUAAGCGGCUAGAUGACAGCAUAGUUGUUGAGGAAAGUGCUAAAGAGAAGAAAAAAAAUUUGGAGAAAGAUGUUGAAAUAUCAAAGAAUGCACAGUUCCGUGCAAUACGACCCAGUCCCUCAAUCCUUUCCUAUGUGGAAGAUAAUUUACUGGGUCGUCGACGCUUAAUUGAGCUGCGGAGAGCCGGAUAUAACAUUGAGCUUUCUGCCCCCUUAGAUAAUAUUCCAUUCUCAACUAGUUCUGAGAGAGAGAGAAUUGAAGACAAUAUUUUUAGGAAUAAAUUGACAUUUUUCGCUGCUGCAAAGGUUUCAACAUCAUUUCCUGCUCCUGAUCUUCCAGAGAUUGCAUUUGCAGGAAGGUCAAAUGUUGGGAAGUCAUCGCUGCUUAAUGCUUUAACCCGACAAUGGGGUGUUGCACGAACGUCAGAUAAGCCAGGCCUCACUCAGACAAUUAAUUUCUUCAAAUUGGGAACAAAACUCUGUUUGGUUGAUCUGCCUGGAUAUGGGUUUGCUUAUGCGAAGGAGGAAGUCAAAGAUGCUUGGGAGGAACUUGUGAAGGAGUAUGUUUCUACCAGAGUUGGUUUAAAACGAGUAUGCCUUCUUGUUGACACAAAAUGGGGCAUGAAGCCUAGAGAUCAUGAACUUAUUGGUUUAAUGGAAAGAUCUCAAACUAAAUACCAGAUUGUAUUAACUAAGACAGAUACUGUGUUCCCAAUUGAUGUGGCACGGCGUGCCAUGCAAAUUGAAGAGAACCUCAAGGCAAACAAGUCUAUAGUUCAACCUGUGAUGAUGGUAAGCUCGAAAUCUGGAGGAGGUAUUCGAAGUUUCAGAACUGUGCUUUCUAAGAUUGCUCGGUUUGCCAAAAUCUAAUUGUUAUUAAGAAAGGCAUGAUUAAUAUACACUAGUUGAUUCCAUAUCAACUCCCAGAAUGUAUUAAAUUCCAAAAGUUUGAGCAUGACCAAGUUGAGGGUGCAUUGAGUUAUAGUGGAAUCCAAGUGUAGGUGCACCGAUUGAGAUUUAGAACCAUGUGGGUAUGUUUGUGAUUUUUUAAUGAUAAUUUUGAAGAUAGACGACAUAAUUAUGCUAAUGAAAUUGGUUAAAGCAAAUAUUAUUUAGAGUUAGGGAUAGAUUGGAGGAAAGUCAAGUUUGAGUUUAGGUUUGUUUGAAUUCGAUAAGUUUAAGGGAGUUGAGCUCAAUUUUGGUAUGGUAUUAUAGGAUUUCUUUAAACUUAUUAUUAUUAAUUUCAAAAAUUACAAUGGAUGAUGUGGAUUAUGA